AUGGGAAAAGAGAGACAUGAUCUGUGCCUCGACACAAACAUCUCUCUCUCUCUCUCUCUCUCUCUCUCUCUCUCUCUCUCUAUCUAUCUAUCACACACACAUGCAGAGGGAAAGAGCAAAGUAAAAACAUUUAAUUUUAAUUUUCUAAAAUGUAAACAUUUUGAUUAUAUAAUAAUCUAUCUAUCUAUCUAUCUAUCUAUCUAUCUAUCUAUCUAUCUAUCUAUCUCACUCUGUUUCUAUCUAUCUAUCUAUCUAUCUAUCUAUCUAUCUAUCUAUCUAUCUAUCUAUCUAUCUAUAUUGCUUAUCUAUAUAGAUUUUGUGAUACGUAAUGUUUUCAUUAUAUAUCUAUCAGUCUGUUCACUAUCUAUCUAUCUAUCUAUCUAUCUAUCUAUACUCCGGAGACUGUUGCGGGGAUGUAAGUCUGAUCAUAUCUAUCUAUCUAUCUAUCUAUCUAUCUAUCUAUCUAUCUAUCUAUCUAUCUAUCUAUCUAUCUGUUUUUCUUUCUGUCCAAUUGUUGCUUUGGUUUUUGAUCUAUAUCUCUGCCACAUCGCUUCCUCUCGACUUGUAGCUGCACCAUUGUUUGCCCGUGUCAUAUGCCAAACAAAUAAAUUUGAUUUGUUGUUCAAUGUGAUCUCUUUCGCUCUCCUUGUUCUCACAAUACCGGCCCUGUAUUUUUCCUCCAUCAUCUCUAUCUAUCUAUCUAUCUAUCUAUCUAUCUAUCUAUCGUAUCCCGUCCAUCCAUCUAUCUAUCGUAUCCAUCCAUCUAUCUAUCUAUCUAUCUAUCUAUCUAUCUAUCUAUAUAUAUAUAUAUCUAUCGUAUUCCGUUCAUUAUCUAUCUAUCCAUCUAUCUAUCUAUCUAUCUAUCUAUCUAUCUAUCCAUCUAUCUAUCUAUCGUAUUCGUUCAUUAUCUAUCUAUCUAUCUAUCUAUCCAUCCAUCCAUCUAUCCAUCCAUCCAUCUAUCUCAGUCUCUUCAUACAUCUAUCCAUCUAUCUAUCCAUCCAUCCAUCUAUCUAUCUAUCCCAGUCUGUUCAUAUCUAUCUAUCUAUCUAUCUAUCUAUCUAUCUAUCUAUCCAUCUAUCUAUCUCAUCUAUUCAUCUAUCUAUCUCAUCUGUCUAUCUAUCUCUAUCUAUCUAUCAUCUAUCGAUCUAUCUAUCUAUCUCAUCUAUCCAUCUAUCUAUCUCACUGUCUGUCUAUCUAUAUAUCUAUAUAUCUAUCUAUCGUAUUCCGUUCAUUAUCUAUCUAUCUAUCUAUCUAUCUAUCUAUCUAUCUAUCUAUCUAUCUCAUCUAUCUCAGUCUGUUCAUCUAUCUAUCUAUCUAUCUAUCUAUCUAUCUAUCUAUCUAUCUCACUGUCUGUCUAUCUAUAUAUCUAUAUAUCUAUCUAUCGUAUUCCGUUCAUUAUCUAUCUAUCUAUCUAUCUAUCUAUCUAUCUAUCUUUUAUCUGUUCAUAUCUAUCUAUCUUCUAUCUGUUCAUAUCUAUCUAUCUAUCUAUCUAUCUAUCUAUCUAUCUAUCAGCCUCUAUCAAACAAUUCUGGAAAUUUAAAUAAUUCACACGAACUGAAUAUAGUACGAACUUUUAACGCAAUACUUGUGAGCUGGUCCCAAACCAGUAGUUCGCCCUCAAGUGCCAGCGAGAUAAGCGAAGGUGAACGUACCCUCAAAUGGGCUUUCAUCUAUCUACUUUUGUCCUGUUCAUAUCUAUCUAUCUAUCUAUCUAUCUAUCUAUCAUGUCUAUUCAUAACUUCUAUCUAUCUAUCUAUCUAUCUAUCUAUCUAUCUAUCUAUCUAUCUAUCUAUCUAUCUAUCUCAACCUUUCCAUACUCGCUCACUUUCUGUCUCUCUCCCUUUCAUUAUCUCUCUCUAA